CGGUACGGCUUCGCUUGCAUCGCAUCCCGUACAGAAGUAAUACGAAUUUGUCCUCCAUAACUGGUUCCGACGCCCGCUAUUCGGCUCAAACACACUGACUAUCCGGAAGGUACUAGCUUCCGUCUAUAAAAUGCCAGGCGCUCGUUUCAACACCCAGGUCUUCAUUCAUCAUGACUCUCAACAGAGCUCUUUCUUCCCGCUUCUCUUCCAAGAGCCAGGCUAAUGGUUUAACAUUACCGACUUCACUUGGUGAUGUCGCUCCCUCGUCGAGCGACACCGGCACGUCCAAAGCCUUGGCCCACCUCAAGGACCUCCUGAAACGACCCAUCGAAGAAAUUAACGAGUCCGCCGUCUCUGCAGCUCUUGAUGCAAUCACCCAUGGAGAUGCAAUCGAUGACCGCAAGAUGGCCUUGGAGCAUUUGCUAUCGUUCAUGGCAAGUCACCCUUCAGGAAAGAUUUCUAACAUGUUCCGUACUUUCACCAUCAAAACACUGUACAAUGACCUCGCACAUCCCCCUGCUACUUACAUCGGGCCCGAGUUCCAGUUCCGAGCUGCUGAUGGUUCAAACAACAACCCUGAUGCUCCAAACCUCGGAAAAGCCGGUACUCCUUACGCACGGUCUGUUCAAGCAGUCAACCCCUUGCCACGCAACCAAAUGCCCGAUGCCGGUCUCGUCUUUGAUACCCUCCUACGCAGAGAAAAGUUUACCCCGCAUCCCCAGGGUCUAUCCGCCCUUAUGUUCUCCUUUGCAGCACUGGUCAUUCACAGUGUAUUCCGCUCAGACCAUACUCCCGGCAGGCAACACAUAAACAUGACGUCGGGUUACGUUGAUCUUGCACCAUUGUACGGAAAUGACCAAGACACUCAGGACAAGGUCAGGAACAAAGACGGCCGCGGUUUGCUUUCCCCGGAUGUAUUCGCAGAGGACCGUCUUCUUUUCCUUCCUCCACAAGUUUGUGUCCUCUUGGUCUUAUUUAACAGAAACCACAACUACAUUGCACGUCGUUUGCUUGAAAUAAAUGAACGUGGUACAUGGAAAGACCCUACUCACCAUCAGCACAUCAGUCAUGCCCAGCUUGCUAAGCAAGACGAAGAAAUAUUCCAGAUCGCCCGUCUAUGCAACUGUGCAUGGUUCGCAGCCGUUGUCUUCUCUGACUACUUCUCUGCCAUUCUCGGCCUCCUCCGAAAAGGUUCAAGCUGGAGUUUGGAGCCGUUCGAUGAACUUCGUAAUGAAGAUCGCUCGGUCUUCGAGCGUGGCCGUGGUAAUGCCUGCAGUGUCGAAUUCAACUGCUUGUACAGAUGGCACGCCACCACCUCCGUCCAGGACGAGGAGUGGAUCAGUCAGCAGUUGAAGGAGCUGUUCCCUGACAAGAACAUUGAGGAUAUCACUUUGAGGGACUUUUAUACAAAGGAAGCUACUCUCACGAAGAAGGAGCUAGAUCUUCAUGAAUGGACUUUCGGGAAACUUCAGCGCGAAAAAGAAGGUCCCAACAAGGGAGCGUUCAGAGACUCUGAUCUUGCGAGAUGGCUCCAGGACGCGACCUCCCAUCGUGCUGCUGCAUUCGGUGCUCGCAGCACACCUGCGGUCAUGCGUCUCCACGAGGUCAUGGGUAUCGAGGCUAACCGAGCGUGGGGCGUUUGCUCGCUCAAUGACUUUAGGAAGUUCCUUGGCUUGAAGAAAUACAACAGCUUCCUGGAAUGGAACCCCAACCACGAAGUUGCUGACGCCGCCGAAAAGCUCUAUGGUCACAUCGACAACUUGGAGUUGUACGUCGGUCUUCAAGCAGAAGAGACCAAGCCUCUCAUCGAGGGUGCAGGUCUUUGCCCAGGGUACACUAUCUCUCGUGCCAUUCUUUCCGAUGCAUUCGCCCUAACGCGUGGUGACCGCUUCUACACGCAGGACUUCACACCCGCCAACUUGACCGCCUGGGGUUUCGCUGAUUGCCAGCGCGACCCUGACGCAUACGGGUUUGGAUCCACCCUCGGCCGUCUCUUCCUCCGUACGCUGCCCAAUGAUUUCAGCAAAGACAGUAUCUACACUUGGUUCCCUCUCGUACACCCCGAAGCGAUGGAAGGGUAUUUGAAGAACCUUAAAAAGGUUGAUGAGUAUGAUAUUAACAAGCCGAAGCCGACCGAGCCUGCUACUACUGUUAAUGGCUACGUGGAGGUUGGCCAGGUGCUUCGAAGCACUGAUAAAUACGUUCCCGAAUACGUCGAACGCGCAGCAGAGGUCCUGACGGGCAAAGGGUUCUUUACGGCAUCUGCAAACGGCGUUGAGGAGCAGAAGCAGUUCAUCAGGGCGCUUGCUCCUUCCCCGGAAGCCAUCAGUGCGAUCGGGACGUACUUCAACAGCAAGACGAAGGAACUCAUCGAGCUGCAUUCGUUCUCGUUGAUCGGGACAAACACGCGUGCUGUUAACGUCGUGAGGGAUGUGUUGAAGUAUGUACCGUUGCAUUGGGCUGCUACGGAAAUUGCUGGUAUUCCGCUAAAAACCAAGCAGCAUCCUCAUGGUGUAUACACUGAAUCUCAGUUAUUUGACAUGCUUGGGGAGAUCUAUCAAUUCAUCUUCCUUGAGGUGGAGCUAGCGUACUAUAUGCCGAUGAGGCAGAGGGUGAAGGAGCACGUGCAUGAGCUGACGCAUCUGAUCAAGACUGCUCUUGGGAGUGCUGGCAGCAAGUUGCCGUUUGCUGGGCUGAUUGGUACGGUGACUGGUCUUUUUGGGAAGAAGAAGAACCACAGUGAGAUCGUGAAGCGCUUGAUUGACUUUGGGUGCUCGACAGAGCACGUCGUUAACUCGAUUCUGGCGUUGUUGGUCGGGGCUACUGUUGAGAUGUCUCUUGCUUUGACGAAUGUUGUCAACCUGCUCGUUCAUAAGGAGUAUGAUUCGGAAGUUACGGUCGCGGCGGAUAAGAAAGUGGAUGCCAAGGACCUUGGUAGUUUGACUGCUUAUAUCACCGAAGCGCUCAGAAUCGAUCCACCAUUCGCUGGUGCCUACCGUGUCGCAAAGCAAGACGAAUCCAUCGAGUCACUGAACGUCAAGCAAGGCCAACGCCUCUUCCUGCACAUCGCCAAUGCAAACAUGAAUGAAGAUGCCUUCCCCAACCCCCACCUCUUAGAUACCACCCGCACACCGCGUGAACGGUACCUCCAAAACGAGGGAUGCUUCAAAGUCCUAGGCGACGAACUCGCAUCCACGAUGAUGGCUGAAGUCCUCCGCGCCGUCGUAUCGCUCGAGAAUGUGCGCCGAGGGCCUGGCCAGUCUGGCAAACUUACGCGGUUCUCGGAUUCGGCGCUUCCGGUGCUGCAUUAUGCGUAUUUGAAUGAGAAGAUGUUGCAGAGCCCAUGGCCGACUUCGAUGGUUAUUAAUUAUGAUGCUGCCAAGUGAUGCGAUGCCCGGGAUUUAUCGGCAUAAAAAACCAUGUAAUAGGACGAUACUAUGUUUCUUCUCGCACUGCUUUGCGUUUUGUAUUGUCUUUAUGCUAUAUUUUUUAUUUGAUCUUCGACAAUAAGACAACUGGUGAGAAGGAGAUUGUUGUCUAGCUAUAUAUCGCUAUGCAUAGGAAAGGAUUUUGUUACACUGGGAAUUCUGGAACAUUGUCGUCCCGACGCGGUGUGUCGUGUAUCGAUGACUUGCCUCAUUAAUUAUAUUAGACGGGCUGGUCACCAGUUUAGCGGUGUGUCCGGACUCCGGAGUCCAAUGUUGGUGCCGUCAUUUGAAAUUGGUGUUCC